AUGAGCGCUGCGACGAACGCGCCAGGGAGUGGCGAUGAAAAGCCACAGCUGGUCAUUAGACGCAGAGCUGACAAAUCCGACCUGUCUCUGCGUGCCCCAGUUGAGAUUGGGUGUUUCUCCAUGGAUGACAAGCGUGCCAUAUUCAUGGACAGACGAGAGGCUCGUCGCUGCGUGGAAAUUCCAGAUGGCGGCUUGAGAUCACUAUCGUGGGAUUUGAACGAAGGAUCUGCAGACUUUCAAUGGAGAGACGAGGAGAAUAUCAAAGCAGAGGGAAUCAAGCCGCUUCUGGAAUGGAUGACAGAGAACAAUGCCGUUCUGAAGGAGCUUCCGGACACGAAUUUUGUCUUCAAACGGGGAGUCUUGAAACAUGUCCUAACUGCACCGUACGAGUGGGAAGCCAGAUACCCCAAGGAAUGGCGUGUCAAAGUGUGCCGAUUUAGGAACGUCAUUUACAUGUGCACGGAUGGGCAGUUUCCAAAGUGGGAAAGCUUUUCCGAAAAAAGCCCCCGUGAGCAACAGGCGACACACUGGGGUUUCAGAUUUGAAUCCUACUGCACAGCCCCCGUCAAUCCAGAAGUUGAACAGAACAGCAGGCCGAAUGAUACCGCUGGAUUUGACACGGUGGUCUACACGCAACUGGCUGAUCAUUCGUUCAUAUUGUCUGCGGAGGUGGAUGGUGAGCUUGAUAGACCAGGCCAAUCACCACCCACCAAUUAUGUGGAGAUGAAAACUCAGAGAGAACUGUACACGCCGCGUCACAGGCAAACGUUCCAUCGCCAAAAACUGCUGGAGACAUGGGCCCAGUGCUACUGCAUCGGAGCACCAAGCCUUCUGGUGGGGUUCCGAAAUGACGACGGUAUUGUGCACAGAGUCAAGAAUUACAAAACUGCAGACCUACCUGAUAUGUGCAGUGAUUAUUGGAGUAGCUCUGUGUGCCUGAAUUUCGCACAGGACUUCUUCGACUGGCUGUGGGAAUGCAUCGAGGAGACUGACCCUCUGCAAGUGCUGUACGAAGUCACGUUUCAACCACCCUUCUCCAGUAUGACACUACGCAGAGUCAAGCUGGCCGACAAAAGCGCCGCCAUUCUCACUGCAGCGUUUGUGGCAGCGAAGUCAGCAGCAAAAAGUGAGUGA